AUGGUGAAUGUUAUAACUGUGCAUUUAUCACCAGAUAAGGAAAAUGUGAAAUAUGUAGUGGAAAAGGCAAACAUUGAUUUGGAUGAGACGUUUGGUUGGUUAAUUAAGGACAUUCUUACACAUAGACAGCAUACAGAGAAGACUGUUAUUUUCUGUCAAUCAUUUAAAGAAUGUGGAGAUCUUUAUGACACUUUUUUUAAGUAA